GAGGAUGAGGAUGGCAUGAAUGAUAUGAAUGAGGAAGUGAUGUCGCUAAUAUGGAGCGAGGAUUUGAGAGUGCAGGAAGUACGCAGACUCCUUCAGAGUGCCCGUCCUGUACGUGUCAAUGUGGUGCAGAUGCCAGAAGCUAGUGACCACGAAUACAUAGAAGAGAAAGAAAACCGGCUGUUACAGCUGUGCCAGCGAACCAUGGCACUACCUGUUGGACGAGGAAUGUUCACUUUGUUCUCGUAUCAUCCUGUUCCAACAGAGCAGUUGCCCAUCCCAAAGCUGAAUCUAACUGGCCGUGCUCCUCCUAGGAACACCACUGUUGAUCUGAACAGCGGGAACAUCGAUGUGCCUCCUAACAUGGCUUGCUGGGCCAGUUUUCACAACGGGGUAGCUGCUGGCCUGAAGAUAGCGCCUGCUUCACAGAUAGACUCUGCUUGGAUUGUCUAUAACAAGCCCAAAAUUGCUGAAUUAGCAAAUGAAUAUGCAGGCUUCCUCAUGGCUCUGGGUCUCAACGGGCAUCUCACGAAACUCGCCACGCUCAACAUACAUGACUACCUAACAAAGGGCCAUGAGAUGACAAGUAUUGGACUGCUGCUCGGCGUUUCUGCUGCCAAGUUGGGCACAAUGGAUAUGGCCAUUACGCGCCUCCUGAGCAUCCACAUACCUGCCCUCCUGCCACCAACUUCAACAGAGCUGGAUGUCCCCCACAACGUGCAGGUGGCUGCCGUGAUAGGAAUAGGCCUUGUCUAUCAGGGCACCGCUCACAGGCACACAGCUGAGGUUCUGCUAGCUGAAAUCGGCCGUCCCCCUGGACCAGAAAUGGAGUACUGCACAGACAGAGAGUCCUAUUCCCUUGCAUCUGGGCUAGCCUUAGGCAUGGUUUGCCUAGGGCACGGCAGUAAUUUGAUAGGCAUGUCAGACCUCAACGUUCCUGAGCAGCUUUACCAGUACAUGGUUGGGGGUCACAGGCGGUUCCAAGCAGGAAUGCACAGAGAGAAGCACAAGUCUCCCAGUUAUCAAAUCAAGGAGGGAGACACCAUAAAUGUGGAUGUUACUUGUCCGGGCGCCACACUUGCACUUGCUAUGAUCUACCUAAAGACUAAUAACAGAUCUAUUGCUGACUGGCUUCAAGCACCGGAUACCAUGUAUUUGCUGGACUUUGUAAAACCAGAGUUCCUUUUAUUGAGGACCUUGGCACGAUGCCUGAUUUUGUGGGAUGACAUCUUGCCCAAUUCCAAGUGGGUUAAUAGCAACGUGCCUCAAAUCAUAAGAGAGAACAGUAUAUCUCUUCAUGCAACAGAGCUGCCUUCGUCUGAAGACCUGAGUUUAGAAACACUAGCGCAAGCUCAUGUCUACAUCAUUGCUGGAGCGUGUUUGUCACUGGGAUUUCGAUUUGCUGGUUCAGAAAAUCUGGCAGCAUUUAAGUGCUUGUACAAAUAUGCAACAGAUUUCCUGAAGUGUUUGUCAGCACCGACAGCUUCAAUAACAGGUCACUAUAAUCUCGAAACAUGCUUGAGCGUCUUGCUGCUGUCUCUCGCGAUGGUGAUGGCUGGCUCUGGAAACCUGAAAGUCCUUCAGCUUUGUCGUUUCAUGCACAAGAAGACGGGCGGAGAGAUGAACUAUGGGUUCCACCUGGCUCACCACAUGGCUUUGGGGCUUCUCUUCCUGGGGGGAGGAAGAUACUCACUGAGCACUUCCAAUUCUUCAAUUGCUGCUCUCCUUUGUGCUCUGUACCCUCACUUCCCUGUUCACAGCACGGACAAUCGGUACCACCUUCAGGCUCUGCGUCACUUGUACGUGCUGGCGGCAGAACCAAGGCUCUUAACGCCCGUCGAUGUGGAUUCAAACACUCCUUGUUACGCGCUGAUAGAGGUUACGUACAAGGGCACGCAAUGGUAUGCAGAAGCCACCGAGGAACUGAUGGCACCUACGCUUCUUCCAGAGCUUCACUUACUGAAGCAGAUCAGAGUGAAGGGACCACGGUACUGGGAAUUAUUAAUAGAUUUAAGCAAGGGAACGAAUCAUCUAAAAUCAAUUCUUUCCAAGGGUGGCGUCUUGUACGUGAAGCUGAGAGCUGGGCAGCUCUCCUACAAGGAGGACCCGAUGGGCUGGCGCAGUCUCUUAGCACAGACUGUUACUCACCAGAACUCUGAAGCUCGGGCAUUCAAGCCAGAAGCAAUUUCAGCUUUUACUUCUGAUCCUGCUCUGUUUUCAUUCGCUGAUUAUUUUUGCAAACCAACGGUGAACAUGGGCCAGAAACAGGAAAUCCUGGAUCUUUUCUCCUCAAUUCUUUAUGAGUGUGUUACCCAAGAAAAUCCAGAGAUGCUGCCCACAUACAUAGCAAUAGAUCAGGCUGUGAGGAGAUUAGAAAGAAGAGAGAUGUCCGAGACAUUUGAGCUGUGGCAGAUAAAGCUGGUGUUAGAAUUUUUCAGUUCCAGAAGUCACCAGGAGAGGAUGAGCAGGAAUCCAAACAGAGGACUCUUCAUGAACUCUGAAUUUCUGCCUGUGAUGAAGUGCACUAUUGAUAACACUUUGGAUCAGUGGCUUCAAGCUGGAGGAGAUGUCUCGCUGCAUUCCUACCUAAGCGGGCAGCCCACGGAGGAAUCGCAACUGAGCAUGCUGGCUUGCUUCCUUAUUUACCACUCUGUCCCGACGCCGGGGCAGCUGGCAGCUGGAGGCUUGGAAGGAAGCACCAACUUCUCUGAGCUGCUUUUGAAGUUCAAGCAGUUGAAUAUGCCGGUUCGUGCGUUGCUAAGGCUGGCUCCUCUGUUGCUUAGAAAUCCACAGUCCAUGGUGCUGUAG